CUCUCUCUCUCUCCCCACAAAGAAAGUUGGUAAUUCUUGGUUCAGUUUCCUCACCGAGAAAAUGGGAUUGCAACUUGGGACGUUGCAAAACGAGGAAUGUCAACAAGUUCCGUUUUUUGAGUGGGUUUUCAGAGAAGGACUCGGAGAGUGAGAGAAGAUACUUUUUUUCAUGCCAAGGACUCCGACACUGAGAAUUCUCAGGCGAGGACUCUCCGGCCACCUAUAAAUUGAACCCUCCUCGCCUCCUCCAAAAUGCAAGCAACUCAAGCUGAAAUCCGUCUCUUCUCUCGUGUUCUUGUUCUUGUUCUUGUUCUUGAUCUUUGUUUCGUUUGGUUCGAGUUCGAUCGAGGAUGACGGUCAUCGUUGAGCAGCCCGAGCUUGAAGUGGAGGUUGUGGAGAAGAAGGAUGAUGUGGAAGAGAAUGAACUGUUGUUGGAUGGCGGGUUUGUGGUGCCGGAGACUAAUUCAUUCGGCCAAACUUUCAGGGACUACAAUGCAGAAAGUGAGCGGCAGUCGAGCGUGGAGCAGUUCUACCGGACCAAUCACAUCAACCAAACCUAUGACUUCGUCAAGAAAAUGAGACAAGAGUAUGGCGUGCUGAACAGGGUGGAGAUGAGCAUAUGGGAAUGUUGUGAACUUCUCAAUGAGUUUGUCGAUGAGAGUGACCCGGACUUGGACGAACCUCAAAUUGAGCAUCUGCUGCAGACAGCUGAAGCCAUCAGGAAGGAUUAUCCUAAUGAGGAUUGGCUUCACCUGACUGGCCUCAUUCAUGAUCUUGGCAAGGUUCUUCUUCAUCCUAGCUUCGGAGCUCUUCCUCAAUGGGCUGUCGUAGGCGAUACAUUCCCUGUUGGGUGUGCUUUCGAUGAAUCAGUCGUCCAUCACAAGUAUUUCAAGGAGAACCCUGACUACGACAAUCCUGCCUAUAACACCAAAUUCGGCGUAUAUUCAGAAGGCUGUGGACUCAACAAUGUGUUGAUGUCUUGGGGGCACGAUGAUUAUAUGUACUUGGUGGCUAAGGAGAACAAGAGUACACUGCCUUCAGCAGGCCUUUUCAUCAUCAGAUACCACUCGUUCUAUGCUUUACACAGAGCUGGAGCAUAUGAGCACCUGAUGAACGAAGAAGAUGUUGAGAAUCUGAAGUGGCUCAAGAUAUUCAACAAAUACGACCUCUACAGCAAGAGCAAGGUUCGGAUUGAUGUCGAGGAGGUCAAGCCAUACUACCUGUCCUUGAUCAAGAAGUAUUUCCCUGAGAAGCUCAAGUGGUGAAGCCUUGAUGGGGGAGCACCAGCGUGGAAAAGGGUCUUGGAAGAGAAAUUGGGGCUUCUAGUGUAGAUUUAGCUUUUCGUUCAGGUGUUCAAAUGAUGUUCCCAUCAUCUUUGCUUGUUAAGUUUUAUUUCAUGGGCUGUGUUCUGAACUUAGUGUUCGUGGCAAUAAAAUGCAAUAUCGCUUCCCUUUU